CAAUUUGAUCCAUUUACUACCCCCUUCGAGGCACGAUAGAAUUUGAGAGGGCCAGAUCAUACAGAGCAGGCUCGCAAUGAGGGCAGUCCUUCAGCGCGUGACGGGCGCCACCGUCCACGUCAAUGGCAAGCUCAUCUCGCGCAUCGGGCCGGGCAUCGUCGCCCUGAUCGGAAUUGGUACCGAGGACACGCAGGCAGAGAUUGCGCCGCUCUGCACAAAAAUCCUCGCGACGAAGCUCUGGAACGAGAACCAGCUCGCGUCGCACAUUGCCGUGCCCCCGCAGUACGCCGCCGAGCAGCAAACCCCCGCGAAUGGAGACGCGCCGACACCAGCAGCGCUGGCAGCAGCGCCGGGCGAAGGUGUGAAGUUCGACGGCGAUGCAGCAGCAGCUGGGGAAAAGUCCCGAUCGGAAGAGGUGUGGGGCGGCAAGCCGUGGAAGCGGAACGUCAUGGAGAUCCAGGGCGAGAUCCUGUGCAUCUCGCAAUUCACACUACAUGCACGGCUCACAAAGGGCACCAAGCCCGACUUCCACAAGAGCAUGGGCGGCGCGCAGGCCAAGGAGCUCUACGACGAGCUGCUGGCGAAGCUGCGAACGCAGUACGUGGCCGAGAGAGUCAAGGACGGUGCCUUUGGGGAAAUGAUGCAGUGCAGCCUCACCAACGACGGGCCCGUCACGAUUCUCGUGGAUACAGACAUCAAAAAGUGAAAGCGCAGAUGAAUGUCCCAUUUGCAGGAUAGAGAAUGGGGUGCAAUGUCAAAUGAUAGAAAGAUGUGUAUGUUACAAGUCAACGGUGCAAAGAGCAGGGAAGAGCAGCCGCUG